AUGGUGGCCAAAUUUCUAGGGCUGGCUUUUCUAUUUCUACCAAUCAGCCUGGUCACCUCUGCGCCACAUGUGGUGGAGAUAAAAAAAAACUGGGAGGUGGUGUACCAGGACUCCUAUGUGUAUGGCGUGGUGAACAAAGCAGUGAUCCUGGAGUGCGGUCCCACCUUACCUGACAUGUAUAUAUGGAGUUUCACCAAGCCCGGUACUGAUGCUAUAAAAGCUGUGGUGUAUAAUUUGGGGAAAGGAACAAGGAUCCAAAAGCUGGCAGAGACGCUUGGGCAGCUGUCAAUCAUCUCGAACAGUGCAGCUGUGAGCAUCUCGAAACUGGCUGUGGCUGCACAUGGCCUGUUCACCUGCCAGGCCUUCUAUGACAUAGACAAAGAGCCCAAAGUUUACUACUACUAUGUGCACCUCAAUGUCCAAGUUCCAGUCAGUACGCCUACCCUCAUAAUGAGUGAUGAGGAACCAGUGGAAGGAACUACAAUGCGGAUGGACUGCCUUCUGGAAAAUGGGACUGGGCCCAUCCAGUAUGUAUGGAAACAUCAACCCCGUAACGGAAACAUCUCAGACAUUGCACGCGGCAAUGCCAGUUUUAUCAACAUAAUCAACGUAAACCGCAACCACACCGGCUGGUACCGCUGUAUGGCCAGAAAUCCUGUCAGCAGUGAAACUUCUAACCGGGUAUUGUUGGAGACCAUCUUUGGCCCGGACAUUCCUCAGAUAGAUGUGUCCCCGUACAGUUUGACAGAGCGGGGUUAUUCAGCCCUAGAGAGAGAGACUGUUUCUUUAUUGUGUCAAGCCCAGUCAUACCCACUGAGUCAGUACGUCUGGUUCUACAAUAACUCCAAAGUCGACACCGGCCCACAGUACACCAUCACCAGGGCCCUCCGCAUGCACACUGGCGACUACUCCUGCUUGGCGCACAACACCUUCCGCAACACCCGCUCCAAAAAAACCAUCAGCCUGACUGUCUACUACCCACCCGAUGGCCACCCCUCCUGUUCUGUUGAACCGGCUCUCAAUCACACCUCUCUGAGACUGCUCUGCUCCUGGUCCGGUGGAUACCCGGCCCCCUCUCUCCACUGGACCGGAAACCUGAAACAAGUGGCACAUGACGAGGCCAACACAGGACAGCAAACAAAACCACUGACCACUGCCAUCUUAUUGUCGUCUGAAAGCCUGACAUCCAACGACAACUCGUUUACAUGCAUGGGCUCGCACGUUGCACUCAAACAAUCAACAGAGUGCAGCACACGAGCAUAUGUCCCCCCUGCAGAGCCAGAGUGUUUUGCCUAUGUGACAACAAGCAAACAGUAUCUGAUGCUGUCCUGCUCCUGGGACGGAGGAGCCCCAAAAGCUUUGGUGUGGUGGGAGGGUCCAGGUGGCCAGGGAAAAGGCGGGGAAGAAAACUCCAACAUCUUGAUCCUUCGCUACGGCACCGCCCGCGGCGGGAAUCCCUACAUCUGCCAUGCUAAGCACCCACUGUUGGUCCAAACUAAGACCUGCAGGCUCACAUUAGAGGCUCCUAUAUUGCUGACACAGCGCAAAAUUGUGUCUGUAUACGAGGGGAGUGAUGUCCAGCUCACCUGUAACCUGAGAUCCAACUACCUCCCUGCCAGUGAUAUCACCUGGUUUAACAAUCAUGGUGUAGAUGUCCGAGGCACCUCGAAGUACACACUGAUGCGAACAUCUUCAUGGGCCAAUCUGACUGUGAGAGACACACAUGAGACUCAAGACAGUGGCGAGUACAGGUGCACCACUUCCAACGCUGUGGGAGGAACUGAAAUCAAUGUCACGUUAGUAGUCAAAAGACAUCCCAUGCCACCGAAUGCCACCCUAGUCAAAGUAAUGUACAACAGCCAACAUCGUAAUGAGGUGGAGCUGGAGUGGGAGAUGGAAACCAAAGAAGAAGGAGGUUGGACAGGUUUCAUCCUGGAGCACAUCUGGGUGUCAGAGCGACCAGAAAGGAGAGACAGCAGAAAUGAUUCAAAGGAGGAGAAGAGGAUUACUCCACCAGUCUGGUACCGUAACAUCAUCCAGGACCCAGAAAUCAGGCAUCAUACAGUUGGAAGACUGACGCCCACUGCUACCUACCAGUUCCGCAUCAUACCUGUCAACCACCGCACCCUUGGACACCCUUCUGCAACAAAGACUCCAGCGGAACCACGGAACAGCAUGUACCCUGCUGUGAUUGGAGCAGCUAUAGGCGGGAUGCUCUUUGCAGCCAUCCUUACACUGCUACUGCUCGUGUUCAUAAUCCGCAACCGCAACAACAAUCCUAGGCUACAUGACAUGCUGUUUGGUUUGGAGCACAGCCAGUCGAGGGAAAACAUCAACCUCCCAGAGGAUGAAGUCGUAGGCGCGUCAGAGGGAGGAAUAGAGGAGAUCGUUGGAUCAGCCAGUGCAGGUCCCACGAUGGCUUUACCCCGGGCAUCUUCACCUCUCACCACGUCACCCACGAGUGCCACCCCCACCACCACCAGCCAAGCCCCUCCCCCUGGAGACGAUAAUGAGCCUGUCAACGUCACCAUCACUGUCAAGGCCACAGGCUCAUAGUCAUAUAUCAGACUCCUUCAGUUGUAAUUUAACCUGGAAUUAUGUUUUUGUAGACAGUAGACAGUUUCAGUUGCAGCAUGCGUAGUCAGUGAACUAGAUAUCAAAUCAACUACAGUAACUGUUACAAACUUUCCUCAUAUUAGGGUUGGGGCGGCUUUGAGUCCGAUGUACAGGUUUAAACCAGUCUGUUUUUUUGCAAACCAACUUAACCAGCAUUUGUCAUCACAAGCCACUCUGAAAAAUUAAAAAGAGACAAGCAACAGCUCUCAGCUUGUGGUGGCUAGUGGUGCAAAGUUAGCGGUGUCUUGACAUUAAGUUGUUGAAACUAGUUUGCAAAAUUUUUGAACAGGUGAGUUCUAUAAAAAUCACCUCUAGUCUGAACGGGAAAAUUAGCUAUAGAGACCAAAACUGUUUUUUGU